AAUCCUAAGAUAAACGUCAAAUCGAAUAACCUCAAACGUUACUACAUUAUUUUCAAAAUUCUAUUUAUUUUUUCCAAAAAUCACAAUAUAGAUACUAAUCAAAGCUCAAAAUGACAUUAUAUCAUUUUGGUAAUUGUAUAGCUCUUAUAUAUGUACCAUAUUAUUUAGCGUACAAACAAUCGGGAUUGUCAGAAUACGGAGCAUUCUGGAAAUGUAUUCAAGCAGGAUUAAUAUAUAUGGUAACUCAAUUGGGUAAAAUGAUGGUUUUAGCAACUUUUUUUCCAGAUAAUGUAUCAGAUCUUGGUAGCGAUUUUAUAGGGGAAUUUUUAAAAUCUACUGUGGAUCUAGCAGAUUUAGUAGGUUUAUAUCUGGUACUAGCAAGUAUACCUGGGAAAGGUCAUAGUAAAGUUUUAACUGCUGGUAUCGGUUGGGCAACGGCCGAAGUAAUACUAUCUAGAGCCCUUUUACUCUGGGUAGGCGCUAGAGGAGCCGAAUUCGAUUGGAUUUAUAUUCAAAAAUGUCUAGAAUCAAAUAUAUUAUUGGUUCAACAUAUUAUAACAGCAACUUUGUUGUGGUUGUGGUCUCGACAUGAUUUAAAAGAUAGUAUCAAAUCUGUAGUAACCAUUUUGCUUUUGUUUACUGCUUAUAAAGGUCUGUUACUGGAUUUUUUGAUUAGUGGAACGAAUACGAACGCCUGGGUUGGUUUAUUGAUUAAAGCGAUCGUUACUGUGGGUUAUGGGGUUUUUACGUUAGUAGUUUAUGCAGGGUUGGCCCAAGUCAUCGGGAUUUUUUAAAUUUUUCUUAUGGUAUUCUAAAAAGACUGGACAUUAUGGUUGUCGUUUGAAAUUGUGAAGUUUUUGCAAGUAAUCCUUUCGAAUUUUGUUAUAAAACAAUAAAGAUAUCAAUGAAUUAAA